CGACACCAUAAUUUAUUUUAUACGAUUUAAUAAAAUAAUUGUCGUUUUUACACCCCAUUACAAAGGCAUAAUUAAUGUUACAAAAUCAGCUCAGUUGAUAUUUGUAAUUUAAUUAAUCUUUAACUAAUAUAGUAAAUUACAUUAUACACAUUUAUAUAUAUAAUUGUGUGGAAUGAAUAAUUUUACGGGAGGUGUAAAACAAAAAAUCUUGUUUUUGGCGGGAAUGCCUGCCUCGGGGAAGACAACCAUUUCAUACAAACUUGAAGAGAUGUUCGGAUUCAAGCACAUCUCUGCAGGCGAAUGCCUGAGGGAGGAAAUGGAAGAUUCCAACUCACAAUACUCAUCCCUCAUCAGAUCUUACAUUGAUAGAGGUGAUAUUGUUCCUGGCCAUAUAACCCUUUCUUUAAUGAAAAAGAAGAUAAACUCAUUUGGUUGGGGGAAAACAGUCGUUACAAUUGAUGGGUUUCCCCGUAAUCUUGACAAUGUUCAGUGCUGGGUUAAGGAGAUGUCUGAUAUCGUAGAGGUUAUUAACCUCAUUUGUCUCGUUUGUUCCGAGGAUACCAUAAAGGAUCGGCUCAAACUUAGGACUACUGAGAUGGGUACUCUACAUUAUCCCAAGAGAUCAGAUGACAAUUUAAGUGUGUUGGCUAACAGGUUGAAAGUGUUUCAUGAUCAGACUGAGCCUGUCGUUUUAUGUUUCACUGCAGCUUCAAAGUGUUUAACGAUAAAUGCAGAUGUGUCAAGGGAGGAGCUCUGGGACAAAGUUGACCAGUAUGUACAAUCUCUAGGCUAUAAACAUGUAAAAUAGUGCAUAAAAUCGCUUAUUAAUAUUAUUCAAAUAUU